GUUGUGAAGUGCAACAACAAACGGUUGUGCGAGAAUUAAUAACGCUUAACGCGACUGCUAAAACAAAUGUGCAAGAGAGUCCAAUUAAUUGUGCGCUAUUAGCAGUUAAUAUUUGUGUGAAUUGUCAAAGCUAGUGAGUCUUUUCUGAAAUUCUCUGUGUGCGAACAUUGUCAAAAUAGAGUUUGGCGCAAGUGAAUUGGCUUAAUACUAUUAGCAACAAUGUAAAGAAUACAAAAUUCUUAAAUAUUAAUUUUUUAACAAACAAGCAAUGCAAGCAAUAAAACAACAACGAAACACAAGAAAUAGCGAUAUAAACAACAACAACAACGACUAAGCGCAUCAGAAUUUCUAUUGUCGGUGUGUGAGUGCGUGUGUGUUUGUGUGCGGACGUGCGUGCGUCUAUUAGCAAAUAGAAAAGUGAAAUUCGGUUACUACUAUUGGCAUUUAAUAAAAUCUUGUGUCAACGGGCAACAAAGAUUAAAACGAAACUGGCUCAAAACGACAAGCAGUUGUUCUUUUUAAAGAACAUGGAAGAAGAGGAGGAGGAGGUGACCGAUAUAAAGCUUCAGCUCUUUCACAACACAGUACGCGAACACAUUAUAUUACUGUUGCUUAUCAUAUUGCUCUAUCUGAGCUCCUAUGUAAUCGUGUCGCGUUUUCGACGUCGUGAUCGCGAUGAUCUCUACUCGAAUGAUGAAGACGAGGUGCUGGUCUAUCGCAUAAGCUUUUGGCUUUGCACAUUUACAUUGGCCGUGGCCGAGGGCGCGGCCAUGCUGCUGCCCGUGUCUAUUGCUAGCAACGAGGUGCUGCUGCUAUAUCCCAAUAGCUACUAUGUCAAAUGGCUUAACAGCUCAUUAAUACAAGGACUCUGGAAUCAUGUAUUCCUCUUCUCCAAUCUGUCGCUCUUCGUUUUCUUGCCCUUUGUCUAUCUAUUCUCCGAAUCGACUGGAUUUGUGGGCCACAAAAAAGGAAUAUUAGCGCGGGUGUAUGAAACCUUUACAGUAUUCAUAUUAAUGGCCAUUAUAGUGCUGGUACUAACUGCCGUACUGAGCGCAGUGUUUGGCAUUGAAAAGUUUCAAUUCUUUUGGUUUCUAAACUUGGGCAGCGUGCAUCUGCCGUUCCUUUAUUCAUGCGUUUCAUUUCUGGGCGUAAUGCUAAUGCUGAUUUGUACGCCGUAUGGCUUUGUGCGUCUGUUUGGCGUUGUCAACCAAGUGCUGGUGCGUCCGCUGCUGCUGCGCGAUGUGAACGAAGAGUACAGCGCCUUCUACAUGGAGGAAGCCAGCGUUAAGCGUAAGUUGGCCAACAUUGAGCUGCAAAACGUUAGCAUUUUGGAUGCUACCAAUGGUCAUCGUCUGACCAAUGGACAUGCGCGUCGCUUUGCGGCGGAGCCUCUGCUGUCGCAUAUAUAUCAACGCAAGAAUUUGGGCAGUGAUUCAGUUGAAGCGCAUCAACUGCUAAACGAUAGACUGAAAGAGCUUUAUAGCGAACGCAAGGAGCUCGACAAACUACGAAAAUCAAGCACAUUUCAACGCACAUUUGUUUAUCCGCUGGCCAUGCUGUUGCUGCUCUUCUGCACCGCAGUCACCAUUUUGCUGGUGGUGCAGAAUACGCUGGAGCUGCUUAUUGGCAUCAAGGCAUUGCCGCUGAGCACAAGACAAUUUACUUUGGGCAUCUCAUCGCUGUCUAAGCUGGGACCCUUUGGCGCAGGACUGGAGGUUUGCCUGAUCUUUUAUUUGGGUGCCACUUCCAUUGUGGGCUUCUAUAGCAUGCCCUUUAUGAGAAAUGUGCGGCCCAAGCGCCGGCAGACAUCGCUGCCACAGCUUAUGUUAAAUUGUGGAUUCAUGCUUGUGUUGUCCUCGGCGCUGCCCUUGCUAAGCAGAAUUAUAGGCAUAACAAACUUUGAUCUGCUGGGUGACUUUGGCGCCAUCGAAUGGCUGGGCAACUUUCAAAUUGUACUGCUGUAUAAUCUUGUCUUUGGCACUACCACAGCGCUCUGCUUGGCAAACAAAUUUACGGCAACAGUGCGGCGAGAGCUGCGUGCACGGUUAGUGGAGAACUAUGUGCUCUUUACUAACUACAUAAGCUUCAUCAACUGAUAUUUAAGACAGCGAGGAGACAAGUCCGCCUUCAGUCAGCACAAGCGUUACGCUUACCAGCUGUUAAGGAGCUUUGUCGACUCGCCACUAGAGAGUUUAACUAAUUUAAAUGCCAAGUACCAUAAUCUUAGUCGUAACAGGAGUCGCAAUACCACCGCUAGUCGCCAGUCGAAUCAGAUGGACUGUUGAGAUAUGGAUAAUGUUUUGGAGCAUCUGUAGUACCAGACAUUGUUAUAUAUACCUACAUAUAGUUAUACAUAAUAUACUUAUAGAUGCUUUUAAGCAGAACUGAUACUGAUUUACAUUUUGCGCUCUAUAUUGUUGUAAUUUAUAUGCAGGCAUUUUGCUUCAUUGUCUAGGUGUAGCAUUUACUAUAUUACGUGUAUGCUUGCAUAUUUAAUUGCGGCUCAAUAUGUAUUUGUGUUGUAAAUUGUGUAUAGGCCACAAUUUAUCAAUUUUAAGCGUGUUUAUUUUUAAUUCGAAGCGAUAUUUAUUCAGAGACUUUGU